AUGAGCGCCGAAGAGCCCUCUCCUGAUGAACACGCCGUUACGGUCAUCUCAGAUGCCAUAAUCGAAGCGAAUCGGAUCCAAAAUCAAACCUCUUCCAAUGAUACCACGGACAACAUCCCUGACGAUCAAGAGGUACACGAGAUCGCAGAUGCCAUCAUCCAGGCGACCGAAAUCCUGAACCAAAAUGCUUCCGUCGACGUCACGAACCUCAAUGUCACCGAUAACAGUCUCAACUGCAAUAACUGUAGCAUGCGGUGUAUUCCGGCGCACAAAUCUCCUCUGAGAGAUACAGCCUGGUAUUGGUAUUUGAUCAUAGGGCUUUUGUUGUGCCUGGUAGCGAUGGGGGCCGGUCUCGGGACAUGGAUUUUUCUGGAUGAGAGGAAGACUAGGAAAGUCAAGAAGAAACGAGCAGAGAGGAGAGCUUCACUAGCAGGUCCGACAGAUCGGUGA